AUGGCAUCGGCUACCACUUCUCGGGGUGAAAUUGACGCACCUUUGGCAGUUAUGCAAGAUACGGGAACUAAAGUAAUAAUGACAAUAAUGGUGCCGGGAAUGAAAAAACGUGGAGGCCUUCUUUUGACUUUAAAGCGUUGGCUACAUAUCAAAUCAAAAGACCCUUUUGCCUUAGCUUCAAAUGUUAAGUUUGGACAAUACUCUUUAACUGAACAGAGUAUGUCUUUGUUAAUGGAAGUUUAUCGUGACAAGUCUGCAAUGAGUAAACGGUCAGAAGAUUGUAAACGUUUUGUUGUUAGUAUUGGACGUUUCCCGACGCAAAUUAAUCCUAAUAGUGUUGGUUACAAUAUUCAGCAACGAGGGGACAACUCAUAUAUUGUGAUGACCAUUUGCAAAGUAGACAACUUCUCUACUAAUUGGAAAGAUUUUCUGUCGGUGAAUGGUACCUUGGAUUUGGCUACUUUAUAA